AUGUUGACCUGGAGGGCGCUCACCGAAGCAAGCUUGCUUGCUUUCCAGCAAGAGUGCGACGCUGUCCGCGAGGCGGAUGAGGUACGAGAUGUGUCUGAUACAGAGAGCGAGUCGGCUGGAAGCAUCCCUUUGUCAGCUCAAACUUCAGAUGAUCCUCUGCUUUCCUUUCAUCAAAGUCAUUUAGCAGCUUUGGACAUCCCCUUCAAGGCCAUCGGGGCUUCGGAGCCGAAUGCAACUUUCCGUGCUGUGGCUCAGCAGAACUUUGAGAUCCAACACAUGCAUGGCACGAUGCAGGAGCAAAUUGAGGGGCGAAAGUGUUUGCGCCAUGAGAAGUGCAGCGAUGUUUCCUGCUGCCCGAUGGAAGCUUGUGAUCUCUGUGUGUUCGGCACGCCGUGCAACCCUUUCAGUGACCUCCGCAUGAAGCGUUACAGGGACGACUCAGUUGCCAGGCAUCCACUUGCAGAGGUGACUUUCCGGGAUGCAAAGUCCAUGAUUGUUCAAGGCGACCACAGAUGCAUUAUAAUGGAGCAAGUCGCCGGCUUCGACAAAAUGGAGAGCGGUUCAGACACCUUGUCAACUCCGAUGCGAAGGCACGUCGGGGGCAUCUCGCAGUUUCUUUGA